AUGAUUAUCAAUCUUCUUUUAUCUGCUUUCGCCUUUUCCGCUCUUCAGGCUGUCUCCGUGGACGCUGCUCCCAGUUCCAAACUAAAGUGUCUGGAUAUUACAGCGCCACACGUCCCAGGUGCCAUUGUCAAAUCCAUCAGCAGCCGAGUCUAUCGCGAUAGAUCCGUCACUGCUGCUCCCCCAAAUCUCCUCCAAGACGUUCACAGUCUGGAUAUCUGCGAGGUCAAUGUCACGUUAUCUCACGAAAGGGAGAACGAUGUUGUUCGUGUCCAGACUUGGCUGCCGUUAGAAGGAUGGAACUCGCGAUUUCUCGCUGUUGGUGGUGGUGCCUGGGCAGCUGGCCUAGGAACCCCAGAUCUUGCGCUCCCAGCUUCCCAGGGGUAUGCUGUCUCAUCAACUGACGCGGGACUUACCGGAACUCCAUUGGACCCAUCGCCCUGGGCUUUGAAGCCAGACGGGACUGUCAACUCUGGCUUGCUGGCAAACUUUGCUAGUCGUUCGGUCCACGACAUGGCUGUCGUCGGUAAAGCAGUGACUCAAUCUUUCUACCAUAAGCCGGCAAAGCACGCUUAUUUCAACGGUUGCUCUACUGGUGGUAGGCAGGGUAUAGCUGCAGCACAACGAUAUCCGAAUGACUUUGACGGCAUUCUAUCUGGUGCUCCUGCAAUUUACUGGACCCAAUAUGUUAUUGCUGAGCUCUGGCCUCAAGUUGUCAUGAAGGAAAGUGGCCACUACCUGUCAGCUUGUGAGAGACAAGCGUUCAGGAAUGCUUCUAUCAAAGCUUGUGAUAAGCAGGAUAGCAUAAAAGAUGGCGUCAUAACAGACCCUUUCAAUUGCCAUUUCAAUCCUUCGACGCUCGUGGGUCAAAAUGUACAAUGUGGUGAGAGCUCCAUCACUAUCUCACAAGAGGCUGCCAACGUUGUGAGCCAGAUAUGGUCAGGCCCAGUCUCUUCGGAAGGCAAGAAGCUUUGGUAUGGAAUUCUCCAAGGAGCAUCCCUCGACGCCCUGGCAAACACAAACGACGCCAAUGGCACCUCGACCGCUGCGCCUUUCUUCGUCGCCGACGGCUGGGCUCGGUAUUUUGUCAAAGCUGAUCCAUCCUUCGAUACCUCAGUGCUCGAUUCUAACAAGUUCGAGUCCUUGUUCAUCGAAUCUCGCGAUGAGUUCUCUCACAUCAUGGACUCUUCUGAUCCUGAUUUGCGGCCUUUUGAACAGGCGGGAGGAAAGCUGCUGAUGUGGCACGGUUUAGAAGAUCAGUUGAUAUAUCCUCAAGGUAGCAUUCGAUACGUCAAUGAGGUCAAGUCCCUGUUCGCUGGUUCUGGUCAGUCUUGCAAAGUCGAUGACUUUUUACGCCUCUUCCUUGUCCCAGGCGUAGACCACUGUGGGUACGCCAACACUCAUGGAGCAGCGCUGAGUGACCCAUUUGGAGCUUUGGUCAACUGGGUUGAGAGGAAAAAGGCCCCAGAGCAGCUUCAUGCCAAGACGCCUCCUACCGCUCAGCUACAGUUUACUCGCAAAGUGUGCCAAUAUCCUUUUCUAGCCAGGUUUAACGGAAAGGGAAAUCCUUCUGAUGCCCAGAGCUAUUCAUGCACGCGUGAAUAG